AUGCAUACACAGUCUUCAAAGGCUUCGCAGCUCAAUGCUUGCGCAUUGUCACGGUUAAAACAUCUGAGCGCAGGUAUUGCAUUGGUUUUCCAGACAGCAGUGUGUUUGCCGUCUGAUAUGAAUCGGGUAUUGAGUAGUGGAAUUGGUGGUACCGAAACUGAGCUAAGAGUGAAGGUGAAAGACUUCCACCUAACAGAACUUGGAAAAAAGCAAUCGCAUCCUGGUCCUCCGCAGGAUUCUACGCAAGCUGUAUUGCCUGGAUAUUGGUUUCCUUCUGCAAGUCCGGGUAUGAUGUUUGAUGAGUUUAUUGACGCGCAUUUGUCACCUGUACAUGAGCCACUAUGGGGACAGCGCUUGCUAUCCACUACUUUGUGGACAGUGUCUCUAGUGAACAUGUCUCUCGUUCGCAGUUUUUUUGCUUUUCGUUCGCAAGAAGCGAUUUCCAUUGAAGACGUACCUCAUGUAUUUAUGUCUCAUUCCGAGUAA